UCCCUUAUCUCGCCGGGUCCCUCUCUUGCCGCAGCAGCCGCAGUCGCAGCCGCAGCCGUAAUCGCAGUGCCCCCAUUUUCCCUCUCUCAUCCUCUUUGUCACUCUCAUUCCCUCUCCCUCCCCCUUCUCUCUCCAUCGAACCCUCUCUCUCUAACUAUUAUUGCCGCAUUCGAUUCUCUUGUUGGCUCUACUAGAGUGAGAGGACCCGGGUUUGGAGCCUGUCUCUGCCAUUCGUGUGACCUUGGGGAUAGAAAAAACCCUUCUCAGUCCAGAUUGAGUUCCUGCAACUGUGAGCUUCUGAAUUGGGCUUCUGAACUGUGAGGAAAAAAAAAAGAGGAGAAAAUGGAGGAGGUGACCAAGAAGGAAGAAGGAAAAAAAGCAACAGAAAGGCCAAUGGACUCAGCCCUUGGGAGGCAGCCUGCCCCGCUCUCCCACCAAGGGGAAACCAAAGCCACUAUCCCCCAGAAGGGAGCUUUCCAGGAGCCAAAAGUGUGGGGCCCUGGAGAGGCAGAAGCAGGGGCCUAUUGCCUGCAGGAUGAGGAGGCUCUGAGCAUUCCUGGGUCAGCAGAGGAGGAUGAGGAGAGUGAGGCUGUCCAGGCCAUGGCCCUAGGGCUGGAAUUACAGUGCAGGCUUCAGCUCCACCUGGACCAGCUGGAGGCCAAGGCCAAGGCAGCAGCAGCAGCCAGGGACAGCUCAGAACCUGCCCUGGGGGCCUGUGGAAGUCUCACAGCCCCAGACUGCCCUCAGCCCUUGGCCUGCCAGGGCAGUCAUGGGGAGCCCCAUAUCAGGGCCCAAGAGUUGGGGGCUGUCCUGGGGCAAGUCCCUGAAGAGGUCAAGCUGGGUGAGAAGGGAGGCUCAGAGUCAUUUGGGGAGCCCCUUUGGGAAACAGGAUGGUAUCCUAGAGAGAAGGGGGAAAUUGCUGCUGAAGCUUGGAGAGGCCUGCCAACCUCUAAUCCUACUAGUGUCUGCCAAAGAAGGCAGCUCCACCCAAAUCUGGAGCUAAAAGGGAAGGUCCCUGAAGGAGCCAGCACCCUGCAGCUAACACAUGAGAACUGCAGCCUCAGGAACACCAGUAGCCAGAAGCCUGGAGAGGCCCUGACCCCACUUGGGGAGCAGCUGGAGAGGCAAGACCCCAGCUCCAGGACCUUUGGCAAGAGGACAGUGGCCUUCAAAGAAAGAACCUCUACAUGGAACUGAGGGCCUGGUCCCCACAAGUCCCCAAACAGCCCCCAGUUGACCUGCUAGGUCAGAGCCUUAUGGCUACUGCUGGAAUCAGGCCCUUCUGGUGGUUCACCAGGCAGCAGAGCUAAGCCUAUGAUGGACAUCUUCCCACUGUUGGAACCUGUGAGCUUCCUGAGGGAAGGGCCCCUGCUUGUAGGCCCCCGUUCACCUAUUUUUGAGUCCUUUGUCCCUGGCAGCUCCUUGGGAUCUUGGGCUGGGGAAGGGUCAGCCCUCUGCCACCAUGGGAGGAUCUAAAGCUGUGGGGGUACAGUAAGGCUGGGAUCUGCCACCCACUCACCCCAGCCCUUUAGGACCUUCCCCUGCCUUUUCAGUGUCUGGAGAGAGCUCAGAGAUCUCCUUCAGGCACAUCCUCCUCCCUGUCCCCCAUGGCCAUCUCCCCAGUUCUUUUCUCUCCCUUUCCUUUUUGCUCCCUCCUACAAGCCAUCCAGGAGACCAGAACCUUAGGAGCCAGGCCUGGCAUCCAUUGAGGGUGGCAACUUUUGAGAGAGUUGUCUUUGUAUCUCCCCAGUGAUAGAGACUUAAUAAAAAGCUUGUUGGUCAAUUGAA